GUUAGUCAGAGUGCCUUCCCGCCUCUACCUGUGAGCUCAGACCUGUGCACGCGCUGAUGAAAGCCUGGAGGGGCGCGAGACACCGGAGCUCGGCUGUGACUCUGCCUCCACACUGAUGACUGGACGAAAGCCCGAGUUCCCUCAGACCUUCUUUCCAAGCCAGAAAAACGCUCAUUUACCGGGACAUGAGCCGCGCCGUUUCCUCACACUGUGGUUUCUUUAGUUGUUUACAGUAGUUUUGUUCGCCUCAGAGGAGCUGGAGCGUCUGAGAAGUGAGAUGGACUUGUAGUAGCUGCCUCACUGCAGUCUCGUGUUUGGGGAAUACUCGCGGUUCUUAAGCUCUGCUAUGGCGAAAGCGAGAACGUCUAAGGUCUGUAUGAUGUCGUCAGAGAGGAGUUUGCGGCGUUUGGCCGGGUACGUGGCUCUGCUGGCUGUGCUGGUGAUGAAGGUGGCCGCGGAGCUGCCCGCUGAGCCUGUGAGAACUGGCCGUCUUCAGGUGGACAGCAGCGCGGCCAGCAGAGUGAGGAGACGCGGGAAGCAGGAGGCGCUCAGAGGGCCGAACGUGUGUGGAUCUCGUUUGCAUUCCUACUGCUGUCCAGGCUGGAAGACUUUGCCCGGGGGCAACCAGUGUAUUGUGCCCAUAUGCCGUAAUAGCUGUGGUGAUGGCUUCUGUUCCAGGCCCAACAUGUGCACGUGCCCCACUGGCCAAAUUGCCCCAUCCUGUGCAGCCAAAUCCUCCCAGCAGUGUAGCAUCAGGUGUAUGAAUGGAGGAAUGUGUGAGGAGGAUCACUGCUUGUGUCAGAAGGGCUACACAGGAACCUACUGUGGGCAGCCUGUAUGUGAGAAGAAGUGUCAGAAUGGAGGACGCUGCAUUGGGCCAAACCGCUGUGCGUGUGUGUAUGGAUUCACAGGCCCUCAAUGUGAAAGAGAUUACCGAACGGGUCCUUGCUUCUCCCUGGUGGUCAACCAGAUGUGCCAGGGUCAGGUGAGUGGCAUCGUUUGCACCAAGACGCUGUGCUGUGCCACUAUUGGCCGAGCCUGGGGUCACCCAUGUGAGGAGUGUCCUGUUCAACCCCAGCCCUGCCGUAGAGGGUUCAUCCCCAACAUCCGCACUGGAGCCUGCCAAGAUGUUGAUGAGUGCCAGGCUGUGCCAGGUUUGUGCCAAGGAGGACACUGCAUCAACACUGUGGGCUCGUAUGAGUGCAAAUGCCCUGCUGGCCAUCGGCUGAACGAAGGCACAAAUAAGUGUGAGGAUGUGGAUGAGUGCUCCACUGUUCCGCAUGUGUGUGAAGGAGGACAGUGCUCCAACUCAGUCGGCAGCUUCUCCUGUGUGUGUCCAUCUGGGUAUGUGCUGUCUGCGGACAAGACUCGCUGCCUUGGUCAGCACACAGGCUCCUGUUUUGCAGCCGUGUUGAGUGGCCGUUGCGCUCAGGAGAUGACUGGACGCCUCACUAAACCGCAGUGCUGUUGCGAUAGAGGCCGCUGCUGGGCCAGAGGGACAAUUCCAGAAAUGUGCCCGAUCCGUGGAACUGAUGAAUUCCGCAGGAUGUGUUUAGAGGGAGCAGCGGUGGGAGGAUAUCCAGAGGUGGACACUGGCAUUUUAGGGGGCAGAAUUCCUCAACAACCCAAUGGAUACGAUUCCACUCUGAACGGUCACAUAUAUCCUCAGAUUCCUCAGAUUCCUCAGAUCCCACAGAUCCCUCAUAUUCCCCCUAAUGGAAAUGGCAAUGGACAAAGACCACAAGGACCUGUUGUUAGUCUAAAUGAGACCGUCAACCAAUGUUUGUUGAUGCCUAACUUGUGUCUCAAUGGUCGCUGUAUCCCGGUGGGGUCUAGUCACCGCUGUGAGUGCAAUGCUGGCUACAAAGUGGACAGUCAAUCAGAGUGUUCAGAUAUUGAUGAGUGCAUUUCUGACCCCUGCACCAACGGAGACUGUGUAAAUACUGCUGGCUCUUAUUACUGCAAGUGCCAUACAGGCUUUCACAGGACUCCAGGCAAGCAGGCCUGCAUUGACACUGAUGAAUGCCUGCAAAACGGCAUGCUUUGUCAAAACGGCCGUUGUCUUAAUGUGGCGGGCAGCUUCCGAUGUAUCUGCAACGCCGGCUUCCAGCUCUCGCCUGAUGGCAGGAACUGCGUAGACCAUGAUGAAUGCGCCGUAACAAACAUGUGUCUGAAUGGCAUGUGCAUCAAUGAAGACGGCAGCUUCAAAUGUGUGUGCAAACACGGCUUCACACUAGCCUCUAGUGGGCGCUACUGCACAGAUAUUGAUGAGUGCCUGACUCCAGGCAUCUGUAUGCAUGGGCGGUGCAUAAACACAGAGGGCUCCUACAGGUGUGAGUGCUUAGCAGGACUGGCCGUUGGGCCUGAUGGGCGCUCAUGUGUGGACACACACAUACGCAGUACCUGCUAUGGAGCCAUCAGAAAGGGAGUAUGCGUGCGGCCUUUCCACGCAGCGGUCACCAAGUCAGCAUGCUGCUGUGUCAGUACAGACUAUGGCUUCGGAGAGCCCUGCCAACCAUGCCCUGCCUUAGACUCAGCUGAAUUUAAUGCUUUGUGUCAAAGUGGGAUUGGUUUUGCCAUCGAUGGAACAGAUAUUAAUGAAUGUGCCCUGGACCCUGAUAUCUGCCCUAAUGGAUCAUGUGAGAAUCUGAGAGGAGGCUACCGUUGUAUCUGUAACACUGGCUAUGAGACUGACCAGAGUGGCAGGGCCUGUAUAGAUGUUGACGAAUGCCUGGUGAACCGGCUCCUCUGCGAUAAUGGCCUAUGCCGGAAUGUUCCAGGUAGUUACACCUGUACUUGCCCCAAGGGCUACGUCUUCAGGCAGGACUCGGAGACAUGCGAAGACGUGAACGAGUGCGAGAGCAGUCCAUGUAUUAAUGGAGUGUGCAAGAACAAUGCUGGCUCUUUUGCUUGUUUAUGCUCCCCUGGCAGCAAACCUGACCCAACUGGCCUCAUUUGCAUCGAUUCUCUGAAAGGGACAUGCUGGCUCACCAUCCAAGAAGGCCGCUGUGAGGUGAAUAUUAACGGGGGUACUCUGAGGUCCGAGUGCUGUGCCACACUGGGGGCAGCGUGGGGCAGUCCCUGUGAGCCUUGCGAGAUUGAUCCUGUCUGUCAAAGAGGGUUUGCUCGACCAAGAGGGACCGUUUGUGAGGAUGUAAAUGAGUGUGAGGUGUUUCCUGGUGUGUGUCUUAAUGGACGGUGUGUGAACACAAGAGGCUCCUUUAAGUGCCAGUGUCCUGAAGGCCUCACGCUGGACUCUACUGGACGCCUCUGUGUAGACAUUCGCUCAGAGCACUGCUACCUGACCUAUGACGAGGAUAUGUGCGGCCUGCCCGUGGCCGGAAGGUUCCGGAUGGAUGCAUGCUGUUGCACAGUGGGGGCAGCCUGGGGGAAGGAGUGUGAGGCAUGUCCAGAACCUGGCACACGAGAGUAUGAAGCUCUGUGCCCCAGAGGACCUGGCUUUGCCAACCGUGGGGACGUGCUUACAGGCAGACCUGUGUAUAAAGACAUCAAUGAAUGUAAAGUUUUCCCAAGUAUUUGUGCACAUGGAACAUGUAGAAACACAAUUGGAAGCUUCAGAUGUCGCUGUAAUGGUGGGUUUGCUCUGGAUAUGGAAGAACGCAACUGUACAGACAUCGAUGAGUGUAAGAUCUCUCCUGAUCUGUGUGGACAUGGGACAUGUGUGAACACGCCAGGCAGUUUUGAGUGUGACUGCUUGCCAGGUUAUGAGAGUGGUUUCAUGAUGAUGAAGAACUGUAUGGAUAUUGAUGAGUGUGAGCGGAACCCUGGACUGUGUCGAGGAGGCUCCUGUGAGAACACAGAAGGGAGUUACCAGUGUUUGUGCCCACCUGGCCACCAGUUAUCCACUGAUGGAGAUGCUUGUGAAGAUGUGAACGAGUGUGAGUUGAGUGCCACUCUGUGUAAGAAUGGCGAGUGUGUAAAUGUGGCUGGCACUUAUCACUGCUCCUGUUUCUCUGGAUACCAGUCGACCCCUGACAGAAAAGGAUGUACAGACAUAGACGAGUGCACCAUUGAGAACGGAGGCUGUGAUCGACUCUGCACUAACUCUGUGGGCAGCUACACGUGCAGCUGUGGACAAGGCUAUGCACUAAUGCCAGAUCAGAGAACCUGCACAGAUGUGGAUGAAUGUGAGGAAGAGCCUGAUAUUUGUGAUGGUGGUCAGUGCACUAACGUCCCCGGAGAGUACCACUGCCUUUGCUUUGAUGGAUUUAUGUCUUCCGUGGACACAAAAACAUGUAUAGAUGUGAAUGAGUGUGAGCUCAAUGCCAACAUCUGCAUCUUUGGAGAGUGUGAGAACACCAAGGGUUCCUUCAUCUGCCACUGUGCCGUCGGAUACUCGGUGAAGAAAGGCUCUUCUGGCUGCACAGAUGUUGAUGAGUGCAAGAUUGAUGCCCACAACUGUGACAUGCAUGCCAUUUGUGCCAACACCCCUGGAAGCUUCCGCUGCUCCUGCAGAGAGGGAUGGAUAGGCAACGGAGUGAAAUGUGUUGACCUGGACGAGUGCACCAAUGGUACCCACCAGUGUAGCCCCGAUGCUAAAUGCUUGAACACACCAGGCUCUUUCCGCUGUGCCUGCUUAGAGGGCUUCAAAGGAGAUGGUUUCACCUGCUCAGACAUAGAUGAGUGUGCUGAAAAUGCUCAGCUGUGUGAAAAUGGCCAGUGUCUGAACAUCCCAGGAGGCUACCGCUGUGAGUGUGAGAUGGGCUUCAUUCCUGCCCCUGAUAGCAGAGCCUGCCAAGAUGUUGAUGAGUGCUCCAGCCCGGACGUCUGUCUGUUUGGUUUAUGUAAAAACCUUCCUGGAAUGUUCCGCUGCAUUUGUGACGAGGGCUAUGAGCUGACCAGAACAGGGGGCAACUGCACAGAUGUUGACGAAUGCUUGGACCCAAUAAACUGUGUCAACGGUCACUGUGUGAAUACACCGGGCUCUUAUGAAUGUAACUGCCCGACAGACUUUGAACUCAAUCCAACUGGAGUUGGUUGUGUUGACCCGCGUGUGGGGAGCUGUUUCCUGGAGGUGGUGACCCGUGGCCGUGGUAGCCAGGCCUGCAGUGUGGAGGUUGGCGUUGGGGUCAGUCGUUCCUCCUGCUGCUGCUCUCUUGGCCGAGCAUGGGGAAAUCCUUGUGAACCCUGCCCACCUGUCAACACAUCGGACUAUAACACACUGUGCCCUGGAGGAGAGGGAUUCAGGCCCAACCCAAUUACGAUCAUACUGGAAGACAUCGAUGAGUGCCAGGAGCUUCCUGGCUUGUGCCAGGGUGGAAACUGUGUCAACACCUUUGGCAGCUUCCAGUGUGACUGCCCAGCUGGCUACUACCUCAACGCAGACAGCCGCAUCUGUGAGGAUAUUGAUGAGUGUGUGGUGAAUCCUGGGAUUUGUGGUCCAGGGACAUGCUACAACACACUGGGCAACUACACUUGUGUUUGUCCUCAGGAGUAUAUGCAAGUUAAUGGAGGCAAUAACUGCAUGGACAUGAGGAAAAGCCUGUGCUUUCGCAACUACAACGGCACCACGUGUGAGAAUGAGUUGACCUUCAACAUCACACACCGGAUCUGCUGCUGUGCAUACAACAUGGGCAAAGCCUGGAACAAACCCUGCCAGGCGUGCCCUAGACCGGGCACUGAGGGUUUUCGCACUCUUUGUGGAAAUAUUGUACCUGGGUUUGAGAUUGACAUUGAAACCGGAAAGCCAGUGGAUAUUGAUGAAUGUCGGGAGAUCCCAGGCAUCUGUGCCAGUGGUGUGUGCAUUAACCAGAUUGGAAGCUUUCGCUGUGAAUGUCCAAGAGGGUUCAGCUACAAUGAUGUGCUUCUCAUAUGUGAAGACAUCGAUGAGUGUAGCAGUUCAGAGAUCUUAUGCCAGAGGAAUGCAGACUGCAUCAACAGUCCAGGCAGUUAUCGCUGUGAGUGCUCAGCAGGCUUCAAGCUCUCACCCAUCGGAGCAUGUAUAGACCGCAAUGAGUGUUUGGAAAACCCCAACCUCUGCAGUCACGGCAAGUGUGUGGACAUCCAAGGAGGCUACAUGUGUACCUGCCACUCCGGUUUCAAGGCAACUCCCAACCGCAAGAUGUGCAUGGACAUUGAUGAGUGUGUACGUCAGCCCUGUAGGAACGGCACAUGUAAAAACACUGUGGGGUCCUACAACUGUCUCUGCUUCCCUGGCUUUGAGCUCACGCUUAAUAACCAAUGCACAGAUAUUGAUGAGUGUUCAGGUCCGUAUGGUCAGCUGUGCAGAAAUGGCCAUUGCAUCAACACUGCUGGCUCCUUCCAGUGCCUGUGUGAGGAUGGUUAUGAGCUUGCCCUUGAUGGGAAGAACUGCAUAGAUGUGAAUGAGUGUUUAAUCCUACCUGGAACGUGUGCUCCUGGAACAUGCCAGAACUUGGAUGGCUCCUUUCGCUGCCUCUGUCCGCAGGGUUAUACUGUGCAGAAUGAUCAUUGUGUAGAUGUGAACGAGUGUGAGGAAGACCCCAACAUCUGUCUGUUUGGCUCCUGCUUCAACAACCCGGGCAGCUUUGAGUGUGUGUGCAAACCAGGCUUCGUGCUCUCUGAAAGUGGACGCCGCUGUUUUGACACAAGAGAGAGCUUCUGCUUCACCCGCUUUGAAAAUGGCAAAUGCUCCGUUCCGCAGGCCUUCAACACCACCAAAGCCAAGUGCUGCUGUAGCACCGUGCCCAAAGAAGGAUGGGGCUACCCCUGCGAGCUCUGUCCCAAAGAACAAGACGCUGGAUUUCAGGAACUCUGUCCUUUCGGGUUUGGGAUCAUUGUAGGAUUUGGAGACACAAGCGUAGAUCUGAACGAGUGUGUGGAGAUCCCAGGCAUCUGUCAGAAUGGCCACUGCAUCAACACUGACGGCUCAUUUCGAUGCGAGUGCUCUACAGGCUACACACUCAACUACAGUGGAGUUGAUUGUGUUGAUGUUGAUGAGUGUGCAGUGGGGAAUCCUUGUGGAAACGGCACUUGCACUAAUGUGAUUGGAAGCUUCGAGUGCAACUGUGAGGAGGGUUUUGAACCAGGGCCCAUGAUGACAUGUGAAGAUAUAAAUGAAUGUGGGCAGAAUCCUUUGCUAUGUGCAUUCCGCUGCAUCAACACAUUUGGAGGCUACGAGUGUUCCUGUCCUUCCGGCUACACUCUGCGAGAGGACGGUAGAAUGUGCCAGGACCUGGAUGAGUGUACGGAGGGCUUACAUGACUGUGAUACCAGAGCGAUGAACUGUAAGAACCUCAUCGGCACCUUCAUGUGUGUGUGUCCUCCCGGGAUGGUGCGCAGGAUGGACGAUGAAGUGUGUCAGGAUGAGAACGAGUGUCGUACUAAGCCUGGUAUUUGUGAGAAUGGCCACUGUGUGAACACCAUUGGCAGCUACGUGUGCGAGUGUGGCGAAGGCUUCGAGCCUGACUCUACACACACUCUGUGCCUUGACCACAGACAAGGAUUCUGUUUCACGGAGGUGCUGCAGACCAUGUGUCAGAUGUCUUCCAGCAGCCGAACGCCCAUCACAAAGUCCCAGUGCUGCUGUGACGGCGGCCGUGGCUGGGGGAACCAGUGUGAGCUGUGCCCUUUGCUAGGCACCGCCAAGUACAAGAAACUGUGCCCACACGGGCCUGGCUAUGCCACAGAUGGCACAGAUAUAGAUGAGUGUAAGGUGAUACCAGAUGUGUGUAAGAACGGCAGGUGUAUCAACAUUAUGGGCACCUACAGGUGCCACUGUAACUCUGGAUAUACAGCCAGUAUUGCAGGCACUGCUUGUGUGGAUCUGGAUGAGUGUGUUAUGUCUCCAAAGCCAUGCAACUUCAUCUGUAAGAACACAGAGGGCAGCUAUGUGUGCUCCUGUCCACGUGGCUAUACCCUCCAAGAGGACGGCAGAUCAUGUAAAGAUUUGGACGAAUGCCAGGCGAAGAGGCACAACUGCCAGUUUAUGUGUGUUAACACUAUUGGUGGCUUCACAUGCAAGUGUCCUCCGGGUUUCACACAACACCACACAGCCUGUAUAGAUAAUAAUGAGUGUGCUGCAGAGCCCAGCCUGUGUGGAGCUAAAGGCAUCUGCCAGAACUCACCAGGCAGCUUCAGCUGUGAGUGCCAGCGAGGAUUCAGCCUGGACUCUACUGGCCUGCACUGUGAAGAUAUCGAUGAGUGUGGCAGCAGCCAUAGAUGCCAGUUUGGCUGUGAGAACAUGUUGGGGGGCUACCGCUGCAGCUGCCCACAGGGCUACACCCAGCACUAUCAGUGGAACCAGUGUGUUGAUGAAAACGAAUGCUCCUCUCCUGGAACCUGUGGCAGUGCGUCAUGCUACAACACGCUGGGCAGCUUCAAGUGUGCCUGUCCCUCAGGCUACACCUUUGAGCAGCUUUCCAGCAGCUGUCAGGACGUAGACGAGUGCUCCUCCUUCAAGAACCCCUGCAACUACGGCUGCUCCAACACACAGGGGGGCUACCUGUGUGGCUGCCCACCUGGAUACUACAGGGUGGGCCAAGGGCACUGUGUGUCAGGCCUGAGCUUUGGGAAGGGCCGGCUGGGAUCUGCAGGUGCAGCUGGAGCAGUUGAGGAUAACAGCCUCUCUCCAGAGGGCUGUUACGACUGUAAUAUCAACAGCCUCCAAAAGAGAGGAGUCAGGACGAGACGCACUGCCAACCAAACAGAGCCCAAAGAAGGAGCUCCGGUCAGCCUGGACAGUGUGGACAUGGAACAGCCCCUGACCCUAGUACUAAGCAUAUCCCAGUGCAGUCCUGAAGAGCACAUCCUGGAGCUGGUGCCUGCCAUCAAACCCCUCAACCACCACGUCUCUUACUCCAUCAGAGCGGGAAACCAGGCCGGAGUCUUCCGGCUCCAGCGGCGUCAGGGCCUCAGCUACCUGCACUGCCUGCACGAGAAAGCCUCUGCAGGAUCGUACGAGCUGGAGAUCAGCAGCUCCCCACUGUACAAUCUCACAGAGCUGCGAGAGCUGGAAGACGGCAGAGACAGAGACUACCUCGCUGGAGAUCUGGGCCAGGACCUGCACAUGAAGUUGCACGUCACACUGCAGUAGAUCGCCACUGUGUGGCCUGUGUGACUACACUGUGAAGCUCAUUCACACACCAAAGAUCAGCAGCUCGUUCUUUAAAUGAUGGGUGCUACAUCUCAGCUUCAUAAGCCAUUUUAACCACAACAUCAAAGGGACGGUUUGGAUAGAAAUCAGAUUUAUACAAUUUUCUUCUUACUUCAAGUGUAGUGGCUUAGCUAAGACAUGUUUGGUGUCCAGAGUUGGAUUCUUGCACAGAUUGUCUUGCACUGCAGCCACAAAGCUAACGUAGCUGACAAGUAAUUGAAGCUUAUUCCUCAGCAAUUAGCAUCAUCCAAACUGCAUGGCUAAGUAUUUACUUCAAACCAUGUUGAGUGAUCUCUAAUAGACUUGCUUAUGUGGUCUCUGACCCUGUAUGACAUACUGUUCCAUAAAAAUGGACAAAAAUACAGACAAAUUCAGGCUUUCAUGGCUGUUUGUAGCUUUACAACCAACAUUUGUACUUUUACACAUAACAGUAUGUCAAAGUCAGAAACCACUUAAAUGAGUCAAUUUGAGAUCACUUAUCCACACAGUUUUAGGCAAGUAUGUAGGCAAGUUAGCCUCCAUUACUUGUUAGUUGCUCUGGUGCAAAGCUAAAGAAGCCGACUUUGGACCCUAAUUUGUCUUGUCUAAGGUAAGAAGACAAUUGUGUUUUUUUAGGGUCCAGCGGUCAACCUCCAUGAACGCACCAGGAGUAAGCUUAAAUAUGUUAAAUAUGUAAUUCGGAGUGAAUAGUAUAUUUUUGUUUCAUAUAUGUGCUCGUGAAGGCCAACAGUAUACAUGCAGGAAUAUUUCUGAAUGGUGGUGUUUACUGAAGUGACAUAUAGCUGUCAUUAAGGUUCAUUCAAAGGCCAGAGAGGAGACCAAAGCUACCACAAAAAGUUCUUCAGUUCUUUUGCAGCUUCAGUCACUUCUGAUCUAACAGCAUCAGUAAGGCUACGUUCACAUUACCAGGCUGAAGUGGCACAAAUCCGAUUUUUUGCCCUAAUGUGACUCAGAUCUGAUGUUUUCAGGGCUGUGUGGACACACAAAUCUGAUCUUUUCAAAUCCGACCUGAGACACUUUCAUAUGUGGUCCUAGAUCGGAUACGUAUCUGAUUCGUGGCCAUGUGACCUUAAUGUGACGCUCAGAUCGGAAUUCAUGUGCUUUUGUUCCAUUCAGCGUUACCAUGGCAGCAGUGCCGAACAGAGGUUAAAGCCUGUUAACGGUGGAAAAGCAACUCAUCUCACCUGUUUCUCCUUCGUCUCUCUCUAAUAAUAAAGAAGCUGAGAGCUGAUCAGAGUUAAUUAUCUUUGCAGCGAAGCUCGUUCUGCUCGUUAGUCUGUUUGCU